UACAGCCAACGACACGUACGAGAACACGUGUGAUUGUUUUCGUUACAUGAAAUUCAAUUUUCAGUCGGAAAAAUCGGAAAAAUGGCUGAAGAUACGCCCAAACAGUACACAAUUCAAGCGAGAUUAGUCUCUGACACGGGAGAGCAGACUGGCGAUCCAUUAGAUUUGCCCAUUGGCAUCACCACGAAUCAAUUGGAGUUGAUUUGUAAUGCCUUGUUGAAGAAUGAAGAACACACUCCAUACCUGUUUUUCGUCAACGAAGAAGAGAUAAAAGAGUCUUUGGAACACACUCUCGACUCCAAAAAGAUCGAUUUCGAGAAUAUUUUGGACAUUGUCUACCAACCGCAAGCUGUUUUCAAAGUUCGUCCCGUUAAACGAUGCACGAGCUCCAUCCCAGGCCACGCCGAAGCGAUUGUUUCUCUGAGUUUCAGUCCCGACGGCAAAAAUCUCGCAUCCGGAUCAGGCGACACAACACUCCGAAUGUGGGAUUUGCAAACGGAAACGCCUCGCGCGACGUGUACGGGCCACAAACAGUGGGUUUUAUGCGUUGCUUGGGCUCCCGAUUCCUCAAAAGUCGCAAGUUCCUGUAAAGCGGGCGAAACUCGUAUUUGGUCAACGGAAACGGGACAACAAAUCGGCAAACCUCUCACAGGGCAUAAAAAAUGGAUCACAGCUUUGAGUUGGGAACCGUAUCACGCGAAUCCCGAAUGUCGGCAUUUGGCGAGUUCAGGACACGAUGGAGACGUGAGAAUUUGGGAUACGGUGAUUGGAAGAUGUAAUCUUGUCUUGGCGGGACACACAGGACCUGUUACUUGCGUAAAAUGGGGAGGCGCAGGAUUAAUUUAUACUUCGUCACAUGAUCGCACAGUAAAAAUGUGGAGAGCGUCGGAUGGCGUGAUGUGCAGAACGUUUUCGGGACACGCUCAUUGGGUUAAUUCGAUAGCACUGAAUACGGAUUAUGUGCUGAGAACGGGACCGAAUCAUCCAAUUAUUGAUAGAAAGGAUGCUGGAAAGGAGUUGAGCAAAGACGUAUUACAAAAACGCGCUCUUGAGCGAUACCAAAAGGUCUGCCCCGAUAACAUUGAAGCCUUUGUCUCGUGCUCCGAUGAUUUCACCCUCUACUUAUGGAAAUCCGAUCAAAAAGCCUGCGUUAAACGCAUGACGGGACAUCAAAAUGUCGUGAACGACGUCAAAUAUUCGCCAGAUACGAAAUUUAUUGCAUCCGCAUCGUUCGACAAGUCGAUAAGAUUAUGGAAAUCGCACGAUGGAAGUUUUUAUUGCGUGUUACGAGGUCAUGUUCAAGCCGUUUACACAGUUGCAUGGUCAGCGGAUUCCAGAUUGUUAGUUAGCGGGAGCAAAGAUUCAACGUUAAAAGUUUGGAGUGUGAAGACGAAAAAAUUGAUGGAAGAACUUCCAGGACAUGCUGAUGAAGUGUUUGCUGUUGAUUGGGCGCCAGAUGGAUCUCGCGUCGCUUCCGGAGGAAAAGAUAAAUGUUUGAAAUUGUGGAGUUAUUAAGAUUUUUUUAAGGACAUAAUUUUAUAACAAUUUAAAAAUAAAGUGAAAAAAUCAACA